AUGCGCAGCGUGGGCACCCGCACCAGCACCCUCACCGCCAGCGCCGGCCCCUCGGGCAGCGGCCUGACGCGCGGACCCUCUCUGCCCCCCGCCGUCGCCACCGCCGCCAACACCUCCACCUCCACCCGCCGUCGCCUCGCCGACCGCAGCUACAGCGCCGAGCGACACCCCCACCCGCCCAACAUCUCGUCGGGCCCCGCCAAGACCGGAGGAGGGCCGCCGCCGGGUGACGAGCGCGGCUACGGCAACACGGAGGGCUCGUAUUACGGCGGAGGCACGGAACAGCCACCGCUGCCGCCGCCGCCGCCGGACGGCACCGAGCGCUCGCACACCAACGCCAACCGCCAUCUGACCAAUGGGGAGCGGAUGGUGGCCAACGCCGCCUUCCUGAACGGAGGAGGAGGGGGUGGGCGGCGCGGAGAUGGGCAUUACGGAGAGCGCGGCCGGACGUCCGAGGCCGUGUCGGGCCAGGGCACGACGGGAGUGGACAUCUGCGGCAACAGCGUGGUGCUCAACAACGACAAGAACAGCAGCAUUCAGCAGAUGAGCACGCACUACAAGAGAGAGGAGAACCCCACAGCCAAGAAUAACGAUGGCCUGGUGCGUCCCUCCGCUUUCAAACCGGUAGUGCCCAAGAGUUUUCACUCAAUGCAGAACUUGGUGUCGCCGCCCCAGAAGGGACCAGGUGGUGGAAGAGAUCGCGACAGCCCUGGCGGCGGGGUCACCCGUGGGGGUUGUGGGCAGGGGGUGGUGGGUGGCGGUAUGUCCGACUCGGGCAGGAACUCUCUGACCAGCCUGCCCACGUACACCAGCUCGGGGGGCUACGCGCCACCGCCACCGGUGCUGGGGCCCCUCAGCGCGUCCACCAGCCACAUCAACCGGCUGGCCGAGAAGCUGGAGCGGCCGGGCGGCGGCAGCGGCUACCAGAACGGCCUGGGCACGUCCGACAGCGGCCGCUCGUCCUCGGGCAAGAGCUCGUCGUCGUACCAGCGCCUCAGUCACCUGAGCGACGCCCCCGCGCCCCUGCGCCCAUCCCCCUCCUCCGAUGACAUCAUACAGGAUCUGGAGGACCGGCUGUGGGAGAGAGAGCAGGAGGUCCUCCACAUGCGGCGCAACCUGGACCAGAGCGAGGCGGCCAUCGCGCAGGUCUUCGAGGAGAAGCAGCGGGUGUGGGAGCGCGAGAUGGAGGACCUGCGGCAGAACUACGCGGCGCGGCUGCAGCAGGUGACGCGGCGGGCCCAGCGCUCGCAGCACGCGCUCCAGGCCCAGAUCACGCGCCUCACGCAGGACAAGCGCCGACUGCAGGAGGAGAUCGCCGCCCUGCUGGCCCAGCGCGACGAGCUGGAGCGCAAGUGCCUGGACUACCGCAAGGAGCAGGCCGACAUCCUGCCACAGCUGGAGGAGACAAAGUGGGAGGUGUGCCAGAAAGCGGGCGAGAUCUCCCUGCUGAAGCAGCAGCUCCGGGACAGCCAGGCGGAGGUAACGCAGCGCGCCGGGGAGAUGGUGGCCCUGCGGGGCCAGCUCAAGGAGCUCAACGCCCAGCUGAAGGAGCGCGAGGAGGCCAUCCAGGGCCUGAAGGAGUCCUACACCAGCAAGAGCCUGGAGCUGGAGCGCUGCGAGGGGGAGCUGCAGAGGACACUGGCGGAGGUGUCUCUGCUGAGGCACAAGCUGAGUCUGUUCGAGGCGGAGGUGCUGGGUCUGAAGCAGGCCCUGGGGGAGAUGAACGCGUCCGCGCGCCACCUCGACUCGUCCCGGGCCCACCGAGACGCCCACCUGUCUCCGUCCGGCUCCAUGGAGCCCCUGGGCAUGGGCAUGGGCAUGGGCAUGGGCAUGCUGCUGCCGCCCGCCUCUUCGUCGCCAUCGUCGGAGGCGCUGCUGAGCCUGCAGAGCGACGAGGCCAAGGUGCAGCAGCGGCAGGAGGCGGCGGCGGCAGCGGCGGCGGGCGACCUGCGUCGCCAACUCGAGCGCCUGCAGGGCGAGCUCCGCCUGGAGCGCCAGCAGCGCGAGCGCCAGGCGCUCACCUUCGCCCAGGAGCGGCACACCUGGCAGGACGAGAAGGAGCGCGUGCUCAAGUACCAGGCGCAGCUGCAGCUCAGCUACGUGGAGAUGCUGCAGAAGAACCAGGCGCUGGAGGACCGCGUGGACCAGCUGAGCACCAAGCUGACCAUCUCGCCCGCGUCGCCGCCGCCGCUGCCGCCGGGCGGUUUGCCCCCGCCGGCGCUGCCCCCGCCGCAACCCAUCCUCGCCCUGCCACCCGCCGGACUGCCCGCUCUGCCCGCGUCCGCCUCGAUGUCCUCGAUGUCCUCGCUGCCCUCCCCGCCACCGCCGCCGCCCGCCGACGAGAAGAAGCUGCCCGCCCUGCACCAGCUGGCUCCCCCGUGGCCUGUGCCAACGCGCCUGGAGAGGAUCGAGUCGACCGAGAUCUAAAGAUGGCUCUGGAGAGAGAGAGAGAGAGAGUGAGAAAGAGAGAGAGAAAGAGAGAGAGAGAAAGAGAGAGAGAGAGAGAGAUAAAGAGAGGGAGAGAGGGAGAGAGAAAGAGGUGGCGGAGAGAGAGACGCGAGCACCAUGCAAACGACCUGGGUCAAGCACCCCGCUGAAAGUAUACAAAAUGACAACACGCUCCGUGUGUGUGUGUGUGUGUGUACAGUAUGUGUGGCAUUUCCAGAGGUGUCUCCGUGGUUCUAUUUCACAUCACGAAACACUCAAUGGGGUGCUCCCAGAUGGGGGAACAUCUGGAGGGUUUUGUUGUCUCACAUACUUCAACACAUGUAUUUGACGCAGGUCAAGCUCUGCUGGAUAACUCAACGAACACUGCACCAAUGUCCAUAGAAUUUGGUAGCUCUUCUCAAGACCAUCACACCACAGGUUUGCAGGUGGGGUCCAGGGAUGCACUGCCAAGAUAGCUUGCAGGGAGAGUGUCAGACUACUCUGUGUCCUCCUGUUGGGGUGGACAGUCCGUCUUCGCCGUGUUUGAAAUGUGUGACCAGUCACAACUGAUGAAAAAAAAAAAGUGUUUAUUUUCUGCCUAUAACCAUAAAAAAAAAAAGUUUGUUUCUUACAGCUUAUCCCUAAGCAGGUUUUAGAAAUUUGUGCCUACUGGUUAUGGUUAAGAAAUGGUAUGGAUUGUGAUGAAUGUGUUUACUGAUGACGCUUUCUGAAGCAGGAUCGAGGCCUUGGUGGGGAGAUACUUGUCAGCAUUUAUAGCUGAGGGGUCUGACCCAGAGAGUAUGCUAUAGGCACUUAGUGCUUUACUUCAUAGCUGACCCGGUUAUCAGUAGGAUCUACUGGAAGGGUAUAGGUGGAUGCUGAUACAGAGAGAAGACGAUUUUGAGUUCCAUACCUUGGCAUUUUUAAAUUCACCCUUAGCUCUGACUGAUGCUUGGGAGGAAUGUUUAUUGACACACACAAGCACUGUAGGGAUUUUAAUCCUCUGUGAUUUGAUCUGAAA